CCGAGGGGCUCAGAUAAGAUACAGCCAUCAUUUUGGCGCAAGGAGCGACAACUUAUUAACAGUGAGCGCAACGAUGUCGAGGUCCUUUUACGUCGAUUCUUUAAUAAUCAAGGACACGGUGCGACCAGGACCCGCGGAACCUCAAGGGCAAGACUUUCUGAUUCCCAUCAGCAUGCACUCUCCAAAUGUAAUGACUGCGCCUGUGUGCCCAUCAAGAAAAAGCGGGACUUUCUGUGUUUGCCCGCUGUGCGUCACGUCCCACAUCCACUCCUCCCGCAGCGGCAUUCCCAUGCUGAAGAGUCAGUUUUCGGGCACGGAUGCGCAGUACUGUCACAGAAUUGCGCAUCACCCGUCUCCAACUCUGGCGCAUGCUGGACAUACAUCUGUCUGUACGCCCACCUUCAGCGUCACAGAUGCCAGGAGGUACCACUGUCUGUCUAUCGCAGGUGCUUCUGAGAGCAACCACAUACAGAACGGCAAGAGGAUGCGCACGGCUUUCACGAGCACUCAACUGUUGGAGCUGGAGAGGGAGUUUUCCACCAACAUGUACCUUUCGAGACUCAGAAGAAUCGAAAUCGCCACGUAUUUGAACCUGUCGGAGAAACAGGUGAAAAUCUGGUUCCAGAACCGCAGGGUCAAGCACAAGAAGGAGGGGAAAGCCACGCAAAAGAGCGCGCACGGCGGCUGCAAGUGCGCAAAUAGUCACACAGAUUAUUCAAGGUCAGAGGAUGAUGAAUCUUUGUCUCCGGCCUCUACGUCGGAAGAAAAGGAGGUGUCACCUGUCUGAGAACAAAGACUCGGUCUCUCUGCACUUGCUCCGCUCUUAAAAAAAAAAAAAUCUGUCAACUGUUUCUAUGUUUAUUCUGCUGUUAAAUGGAAAAAUGUACAGGCUGUUCCGUUUAGAAAUAUGACCCACAUCCCUUAACAGACUGAUGCACUGAUGUUAUACGUUUUAUUUUUUAGUGAGACAGUGAUGUUGUGCGUCAAAACCGUAAAAACAGCAAAGGCCAACCUGUGCUAAACGCUAUAAUGUGUAAAUUAUGUAAAUCUGUAUUUAUUGUAAUAAAAACUAUGAUUUGACCCAACAAUGUGA